CAACAAAAGUGCUGAUGUCAGCACACUUAUGUAAUCGGCAAUAGACCUCCUGAACGACUGAACUGAGAUUAGAUUGAUUUAUUACACGAGUUAUUAAGGUCGUGGUCCACAUAUUACAGCACAGAAAGUAAUCAUUAAUAGUGCAAAUAAAAUAAACAAUCGUCUCCACAGGACUGCAAGCCGCCCCAAUCGCACCUCUGAGAAGUUUACCGAAGUCGUCAUCGGCCUUCGAGCUCUCAGAUGACUCGAACACCAUCAAACAUCUUCCUGAUGGCUUCCAACAAGGCACCGAGCCCUCCAAGAGGUUCUUUGACAACGGACUAGUGCGAGACCACAUCGGGGAGAUGAGCAGGAGGACGGCUUUCAUCCACAACCUUGUUGAAAAUGCUCCAGGAGACCUGGAAACGAAACACUGGUUGGCAGAUGAAGUCCCCGUCGAUGUGCCAGCCCAAAAGAAUGGAGGGGGUUGGGUUCGAGUUGAGGAAGCUUCUUCAUCUCAACUCCCAGAUGGUUUCAGACAAGGAACUGAACCGUUCAUGUCAAUCCCAGAUGGUUUCAGACAGGGAACUGAACCGUUCGCCUCUAUCCCAGACGGUUUUAGACAGGGAACCGAACCAUUCAUGUCGAUCCCAGAUGGUUUCAGACAGGGAACUGAACCGUUCGCCUCUAUCCCAGACGGUUUCAGGCAGGGAACCGAACCGUUCAUGUCGAUCCCAGACGGUUUCAGACAGGGAACCGAACCGUUCAUGUCGAUCCCAGACGGUUUCAGGCAGGGAACCGAACCGUUCAUGUCGAUCCCAGACGGUUUCAGGCAGGGAACCGAACCGUUCAUGUCGAUCCCAGACGGUUUCAGACAGGGAACUGAACCGUUCAUGUCGAUCCCAGACGGUUUCAGACAAGGAACCGAACCGUUCAUGUCGAUCCCAGACGGUUUCAGGCAGGGAACCGAACCGUUCAUGUCGAUCCCAGACGGUUUCAGACAGGGAACUGAACCGUUCAUGUCGAUCCCAGACGGUUUCAGACAGGGGACAGAACCUACAAUUUUUACUCCUAGGAGCUUCAAACAGGAAGCAGAGCCCUUCGUUUCUACCCCAGACGGUUUCAGACAGGGAACAGAACCGUUCAUGCCAAUCCCAGAUGGUUUCAGACAAGGAAGCGAACCGUUCAUGUCGAUCCCAGACAGUUUUAGACAAGGAACCGAACCGUUCCCCUCUAUCCCAAAGGGUUUCAGACAGGGGACAGAACCUACAAUUUUUAUUCCUAGGAGCUUCAAACAGGAAGCAGAGCCCUCCGUUUCUAUCCCAGACGGUUUCAGACAGGGAACAGAACCGUUCAUGCCAAUCCCAGAUGGUUUCAGACAAGGAACUGAACCUGUUGUUUUGACACCUCGCGGUUUCAGACAGGAAACCGAGCCGUCUAGGUCUCUCCCUAACGGAUUUAGACAGGGAACAGAACCAUCUCUAAAUAUACCAGUGGGUUUAAGGCAGGGAACAGAACCAUGGGUUAAACACACAGAAGAACAGGGCCGGUCCACUCUCAGCCUCCAAACAUGUUCAGGGGAGGUGAUCAAUGGAAACUGCUACGAGUUCAACCCAACUCCACUGAAUUUCCAAGAAGCACAGGAUUUAUGCAAAGCUCAGAACACACACGCUGAGCUCGCAUCUGUGACAAGCGGGGACCUUCAUUCCCGCCUGGUUUCCAUGGUUACCAAGGGCGGUCAGAUCAGCCCACGGUUGACGUGGCUGGGGGCCGUGGUCAAGAACCAGCAGGCCUCCUGGGUAGACGGGUCAGAGUGGACUUAUAGUGACUGGAUGCCGGGUCAGCCUAACAUUCACACCAACAAGCCAGUCUGUGUGGAGAUGUUCAAAAUAGACCAAAGUUGGUGGACGGCCGUCGACUGUGACCUGAAGCGAGCGUCCAUCUGCUCGUAUCCGGCGGCGGUGUGAAACCCCCCGGACGUGUAAGAAGGAAUAAAACCAUACCUGCAUCGUG